AUGGUACGUGUUCUUACCCUGAUUAUUGUCCAAGACGUUGACGCCGGUGCUCUCAAGACAGUUGAAAUAACUGGGUUACAUAUCAUUAUUGUCGGCGCAGGGCUCGCUGGUAUUUCUGCUGCAAUAUCGUGCGCAUUAGCCGGCCAUUCCGUCACCGUCCUAGAUGCAGCAAAAGAACUUGCAGAAGUUGGUGCAGGCCUUCAAGUCACUCCCAAUGGCUCGCGCCUUCUCAAAAUCUGGGAUCUUCCUCAAACCAUGUGGGAGCAGGCAGCUGAGCCAACACGGUUAACUGUACAUCGAUAUUCUGGGGCAGUGCUGGCCCGUGAGGACGACUUUGAUAAGACUAUCCGAAGGAAAUACGGCGGGCCUUUCGUUGAUCUACAUCGAGCGGACUUGCAGCAAGCUCUGUACAAACGGGCCCAGCAGUUGGGAGUGAAGUUCCUUCUGAACGAACGCGUACAAAAUGUUGAUCCCGCAGUGCCGUCGCUAACUACUAUUUCGGGGCACGAAUACAACGCUGACCUAAUAGUUGGAGCUGAUGGCUUGUGGUCACGAACUCGAGAAUGCUUCCUAGGGACUGCUGAUCCCCCCAAGCCGACAGGAGACUUGGCAUAUCGAAUCGUUCUGUCUUUGGAUCAAAUCCAAGAGCCAGUUUUACGAGACUGGGUUAGCCGUCCAGAAGUCCAUUUUUGGAUUGGUCCCAGAUCCCACGCUGUUGGAUACUCCUUAAGGGCGGGCAAAAUGUAUAAUCUUGUAUUGCUUGUACCCGAUGAUCUACCUCCAGGUAUCACGAAGCAACCUGGAAAUGUCGAAGAAAUGAAACGGCUGUUCGAAGGCUGGGAUCCCGUGUAUGCUGAGUUUGACGGGCCACUUUGCAUUCCAAAAUCAAUGACUAACUCAAUUCAAGUCUCACUCAACUUCUAG